AUGCCAGGUGUCUUGCGAAAAGAUGAAAAAACGGGUCGAUUUGUCUACGAAUUCAAUGGCAAUGCCGUGUACGAAUGGGAGCAAACGUUAGACGAUGUUACGAUAUACAUCAAGCCUCCUCCUUUUGUACAAAAGGGUAACCAAAUAAAAUGUCAGAUUACUGCAAAAGCUUUGAAAGUGGGGCUUCAAGGAGGAACCCAGUGGUUCAUCGAUGAACCUUCUGGAGGCCUUAUUGAUGUCUCUGAAUCUACAUGGAGUUUGGAAGAAGACGAUCACGAUGCGAGCCAAAAAGUGAUUUCUAUUUACUUGGUCAAGGCAAAUAGAGGGGCUCAAUGGAAUACUGCGUUGCUGGGAAAUGGUGCGGUCGCCGCGCUAGACCCGGCUGCUCAAGAAGAAGUUCGGAAAGAAAUGAUGUUGGAGCGUUUCCAAGAAGAGAAUCCUGGCUUUGACUUUCGCGAUGCUGAAUUCAAUGGCUCCGUGCCAGAUCCUAGAAACUUUAUGGGAGGUGUAAAGUAUUCAUAG